AAGGGUAAGGAGGGCGCCAUUCUGCAGAGGGCUUCCUCAGUAAAAACUGAUUUUCAUUGAUGUUACGAGUCCAUGCAAGACAACUUGGUGAAGCAGAAAGCAGGGUGGAGUGAGUCUGGAAGGGAAGCAUAAGACGUCUGGUACAGUACACAAUAGCACUGAUUCAGAGGUUGGGGUGCUGAGCCUCAGUGAGCUAUGUGAAGAGGCUGAGACGCUGUUUGGCAGUUUUAUCAUCCUUGAGCCCACAGGACUAGCAGCUCCGUGAUUCUCAUCUGGGGAAUUUUAUCUCUUUGGGCCUGUUUUUUUCUAUAAGUUGAGGGAAUUAGUUUAACGAUGUCUUAGGUCCAUACUAUGGUGAUAGCUACUGUGAGUAGGUCCUUAACUCCACGAUCUUUCAAUCUGAUGGCGUAAACCUUACUUUUACUUUGCUUUGUAGAUAUGAAUGUUUGUAUUACAAACAAGUCUGUAGGGAAAAUGUGUUAACCCAAAAGAUCUCAGUGGUUUCUGAGUAGUAAGGGGAGUCCAGCUGAUGAAGUUGCAGAGUAAAGUCAUAGAUAAUAAAAUCAUAGAUAAUUACAACCUUGGGUAAAAGUUGCCUACUGCCAGGGCUUACAACUAUAAUAAAGCUACCACAAAUAUGUUCACAUUUUUAUUCUCAUGAUUACAAAUCAGCCUUUGGCAUUAUUAGAACAAAUCUUUUAGUGUUACAGAUAAGUUCUCUGCCCUUUUUAGCAAGUGUCGAAGCAACAACUCUCAUAAGUUACGGAGUAAGCAUUAUUUUGUGGUAAAAUAGUCGCUAUUUUUUCAAUCUAACAAGAUGUAUUAAGUGACUUUGGGUUCUCAGCCGUAGUCUCACCGUUCGUUAUGUGUUCAUUGAGACUUUAUAGAACCUCUGACUCAGGCUGUUUUCCAGCCAGGGCUGUUAAAGGGGGUUUCUACUGCUGUUUCCACAAGAACCCAGGAAAAAACUAACCGAGGUGCUGCAGAGCCAAUGGCCUUUCCCCUCGCACUUUGGAUUCUAACAUUCCCUCUGUGACGCGGAGAGGGCAGGCUGGGGACAGGCACCCGGGCCUCGGCCCUACCGCGGGUGGCAGAAGCGACGAGCCGCGGGCGGGAAGCCUGGGCGUGGCACGCAGGAGCCCGCCCUCCUGGGCAGGAUCCCAGGCGGGAGGCGGGGCCUGCGGCCGCGGGAACCCCAAGCCCGCCCCCUUCCCAACCUCUCGGUUUCUCGCCAUGGCCUCUGCUCUGCUCCUGGCUCCUGCUGCUCUCGCCUCUUUCAUCCUGGCCUUUGGCACCGGAGUAGAGUUCGUGCGCUUUACCUCCCUUCGGCCACUUCUUGGAGGAAUGCCGGAGUCUGGUGGUCCGGAUGCCCGCCAAGGAUGGCUGGCUGCCUUGCAGGACAGAAGCAUUCUUGCGCCCCUGGCUUGGGAUCUAGGGCUCCUGCUACUAUUUGUGGGGCAGCACAGCCUCAUGGCAACUGAGACAGUGAAGGCUUGGAUGUCCCGGUACAUUGGGGUCCUUCAGAGGUCACUCUACGUGGCAUGCACUGCCCUGGCCUUGCAGCUGGUGAUGCGAUACUGGGAGCCCAUUCCCAGAGGCCCUGUGUUGUGGGCAGCUCGAGCUGAGCCAUGGGCCACUUGGGUGCCCCUCCUGUGCUUUGUGCUCCACGUCAUUUCCUGGCUCCUCAUCUUCAGCAUCCUUCUCGUCUUUGACUACGCCGAGCUCAUGGGCCUCAAACAGGUGUACUACCAUGUACUGGGGCUGGGUGAGCCUCUGGCCCUCAAGUCUCCCCGGGCUCUGAGACUCUUCUCCCACCUGCGCCACCCAGUUUGUGUGGAGCUGCUUACAGUGCUGUGGGUAGUGCCCACCCUAGGCACUGAUCGCCUCCUCCUUGCUCUCCUCCUUACCCUCUACCUGGGCCUGGCUCACGGACUUGACCAGCAAGACCUCCGCUACCUCCGGGCCCAGCUGCAAAGAAAGCUCCACCUGCUCUCCCGACCCCAGGAUGGGGAGGCCAAAUGAGGAGCUAACUCUGAUUCCAAGUCAUGUACUUCCUCUCCCCCUCAGAAUUCAAAUCCCUUGCUAUCCAGGCCCUGGCUGCUUUAGAUCAGAGGCUUAAAUCCGUGGACCAAAGGACCUGUCUGGUCCACUCCCCUCCCUAGGGUCCAUCUCCAUACCUUAAAUUCUGAGUCUCAGCCACUGGACUCCAAGGUGCACUUCUAACCAGCAAGGAAGAAGGGGUGGGGAAUUUACUGGUCUCCUCACAGAUUAGGGCUUGACACCCCCCUCACCAACCUCAAAAGGUGAAGAGUCCAGCCUGACUACUCCCCCCCGCAGUUACUUGCCUCUGCACCUCAGGGAUCAUCUCCAAGUCUGGCUUCCCCUCCUAGGAGCUGGACUCCCAUCUGCAAGUUUGACAGUAGUGCCUGUCCCUCCAGGAUCCCCACUGGCUGGCCUCUCCACCUCCUUAGGCCCCGCCCCCUGUACUUGAACCUACUUGAGAGGAUUCUCCUGCUCAUAAUUCUGGUGACUAAGGGCCCCCUGCUCUCCCGAGGAAGACAUAAUGGAGGAAAAUAAAUUUCAGCUUGAUGUUUUCUACGUA